AUGUUCCCCCCUACCGAGGGGGGUUUUGUCAACGGACGCUUGUCGCCCGAAGACGCCUCGAUUUCGGCAGCGUCCUCUGAACGUGGCCGAAGCGAAAGCCUUGCUCCCGAUGCCCAAAGCCCCCACGCCGAGCCUUCAUCGCCUUCCAUAGUCCAAGACCCCAACGGCGGGGCCUCGAAUGACUUACACGAGGAUCACGACAUGUCGGGGACCGAUGGCGGAUCUAGUGGCGGUGAUGCUUCCGAUGACGCCGACUUUGAGAUGCAGGACAGCGUCGUCUCCCCAAGAGACGAUGGCGUCGUCCCCGACCGCGAAAGCUCUGUCGACUCUCCCAGGCCGCCCAAGCGCAAAAGCCCCGUUGUCGAGGAGGACUUUAUCAAGGCAAAUCCAGAGCUAUAUGGGCUGCGGCGAAGUACUCGAGCCAGAGAGACACGCCAGCUCAUUGAGUCUGAUGAUUCCGACUCGGAUAUCGAACCAACCACCCGUCGGCAGACCAAGCGCCGGCGUGUGAACCAGUCACAGCUCUCUUCUAAGAUGGGCACACCUACUCUGCAGCCAUCCACCAACGAAUCCGACUCCGACUCCGAUGUUUACGGUGGGGCGCGGGCAAAGAGCCAGCAGAAAAAGGCGAGGCUCCAACGAGAGUCGCAGCCUUCGCUCGCGUUUGUCGAGAAGAGAUGGUCCAACCGUCGUGCUGCACAGCAAGUACAGCAGGGGGCCUAUGAGGAGAGCGAUUUCGAAGACGAUGAAGACCUGGAGCAAGCCGGGGCAUAUUACGUUGCCGACUACGUCGACGACUCACCCUACAUCGAAAAGGUAGUGCGCCAUCGGGUCAAGGAUGGAUCUGAGUUGCUGUACGACUCAAGCCGCAACGACUUCGACUACUUCGUCAAGUGGCAAGGCAAGUCUCACCUGCAUGACACUUGGGAGACUAUAGAGAGUCUCCGCAACGUUCGAGGGUUUCGAAAGGUGGAAAACUAUUUCCGCAAGGUUGUUGAACAAGAACUCGAGGUCCGAUUCGGAUACGACGUGCCCCCGGAGAGCAAGGAGCAGUUUUUCCUUGAUCGUGAGCGGGUUGAGGAGGCCUUUGAGGACUUCACCAAAGUCGAACGGGUUGUUGCCGUCCGUGACGGCGACGAAGAAACCGAGUACUUCGUCAAGUGGAAAGGCCUGACCUACGAAGAGUGCACGUGGGAGCUGGCCUCUGACAUCAGCGCCGAUUUCCAAGACAAGAUCGAUCAGUACCUGGAUCGAGCCUCGAGGUCGUGGCAAUCCGACCGUCGCGAGGCCAACCCGGAGACUCGGUCAAGGAUGACCAAGUUGGAGGAACAGCCGGAUUACAUCCAAGGCGGCGAACUUCGCCAGUUCCAGCUUAAGGGCCUCAACUUUCUCUGCCUCAACUGGGUCCGGGGAAACAAUGUGAUUCUUGCCGACGAAAUGGGCCUUGGAAAAACUGUCCAGACGGUGUCGUUCCUUAGCUGGCUGCGAAACAACCGGAGCCAAGAGGGCCCGUCUCUGGUCGUCGCACCGCUCAGCGUCAUCCCUGCCUGGUGCGACACCUUCAACACGUGGGCUCCAGACCUCAACUACGUCGUCUACCUCGGCCCAGAGGAGGCGCGGAAUAUCAUCCGCGAGAACGAGCUGAUCGUCGGAGGAAAUCCGAAGAAGCCAAAAUUCAAUGUCUUGGUGACUUCGUACGAAUUCAUCCUGCAAGACUGGCAGUUUCUCCAGUCCAUCAAGUGGCAAACCCUUGCCGUCGAUGAGGCUCAUCGCCUUAAGAACAAGGACUCCCAGCUCUACUCUCGACUAGUGGGCUUCGGCGUUCCCUGCAAGGUUUUGAUCACGGGCACGCCCAUUCAGAACAACCUGGCGGAGCUCUCGGCGCUACUUGACUUCCUGAACCCUGGAAAGGUCAACAUUGACGAAGACCUGGACUCCCUCGCUGCCAACGACGUUCAGGAGAAGCUGGAGGAUCUCCACAAAGCCAUUGCACCCUACAUCUUGCGGAGGACGAAAGAGACUGUUGAGUCGGAUCUGCCGCCCAAGACGGAAAAGAUCAUUCGUGUAGAGCUCUCCGACGUCCAACUGGACUACUACAAGAACAUCCUCACCAGAAACUAUGCCGCUCUGUGUGACGCCACCGGCGGCCAUAAGAACUCGCUUCUCAACGUCAUGAUGGAGCUCAAGAAAAUCAGCAACCAUCCAUACAUGUUUCCCGGCGCAGAGGAACGCGUCCUGGCAGGGAGCACUCGCCGCGAAGACCAAAUCAAGGGCCUCAUCGCAAGCAGCGGCAAGAUGAUGCUACUCGACCAGCUCCUCUCAAAGCUCAAGAAGGACGGCCAUCGUGUCCUCAUCUUCAGCCAGAUGGUCAAGAUGCUCGACAUUCUCGGCGACUACCUGUCACUCAGAGGAUACAAGUUCCAGCGCUUGGAUGGCACCAUCGCAGCAGGCCCGCGCCGGAUGGCAAUCAAUCACUUCAACGCGGACGACAGCGAUGACUUUUGCUUCCUCCUCUCCACCCGGGCUGGUGGCUUGGGAAUCAAUCUGAUGACUGCCGACACUGUUGUCAUCUUCGAUUCGGACUGGAACCCCCAGGCUGACCUGCAGGCCAUGGCGAGAGCUCACCGGAUCGGACAAAAGAGGCCGGUCAACAUAUAUCGACUGGUCUCCAAAGAGACGGUCGAAGAGGAGGUCUUGGAACGGGCCCGGAAUAAACUACUUCUGGAGUACUUGACGAUCCAGGCGGGCGUCACUGACGACGGCAAGGCGGCUUUCAAGGAAAAAAUGGACCACAAGGGAAUCAGAACCGAAGGCCCUUCGUCGUCCGAGGAUAUCCAGCUAGUCUUGAAGAUGCGGUCCUCCAAGAUGUUUGAACAAAGCGGAAACCAGGAGCGGCUCGAGCAGCUCGACAUUGACUCGAUUCUGGAGAAUGCCGAGAUCACCAAGACAAAGGUGGACGAUAAGAUCAAUCUCAGCAGCGGCGGCAUCGACUGGGAAAACUUUAUGCAGAUUACCGACGUCAAGGUGGACGACAUCAACCUGGACUGGGAUCAGAUCAUCCCUGCCGACAAGUUGGCGGAGAUCAAAGCCGAGGAAAAAGACCGGCAGCACGAGGAGUAUGUCGCGAGGCUCGCCGCUGAGAACGCACCUCGCAGGGCCACCAUGAAGAGCCGCAACAAGGAGAAUGACCGUGCAGAUCGGCUCAAGAAGCGCCAGAGGGAGCAGCAGCAAGAGGAAGAGGAGCAGCGAGCCCUCCUGGCCGAUCCGAAGCGCCCACUGAACGACAAGGAACAGCGAAACCUCAUCAAGGCCUACUUUCGCUUCGGAUCGAUGGACCAUCGCAGCGACGACAUCAUUCAAGAGGCCAAGCUUGUUGAGAGAGACCCGGAGUUUGUCAAGUCUGUGCUCGAUGACUUCAUCAAGGCUGCUCAGCAGGCUUUGGACGAGAACAACAGCAAGGUUGCCGACGAGGAAAAGAGGACCGGCAAGGCCCUUACAAAGAAGGAUAGAAAGGCCGUCCUGAUAGAUUUCGGAGAGCUGAAGAAAGUCAAUGCGGAGACGGCAAUCGAACGACCCAAGCAACUCCAGCUGCUUCGGCAGGCCAUUCGGAGCCAAGCUGAGUGGAGAUCGUUCCGCUUGGCCGACGCCACAAAGGGCACCAAUUACAGCUGCCCUUGGGGAGCCAAAGAGGACGCCAUGCUUCUCAUCGGCAUCGACAGACACGGCUUUGGUGCCUGGGUUCAGAUUCGGGACGACCCCGAGCUCGAGAUGGCGGGCAAGCUCUUCUUGGAGGAACAUCGAGUGGGAAAGAAGGAGGAGCGCUCCAAAGCCAACGACAAGCUCAAGGCUCCGGGCGCUGUGCAUCUGGUCCGUCGCUCCGAAUACCUCCUCUCGGUGCUGCAGACGAAGCAUUCCGGCGACCGCGCUGGUCCAAAAGCCGGCGAUGGCCACCACCGCAACAAGAAGCAUCACUUGGCCAACGGCCAUCGUGGGAGCGGCACGGCUUCGCCCGCGCCUCACGGCGUCAAGAAGAAUCGCGAGCGGGAGAGGGACCAUUCGCAUAGCGACAAUCAUCGGCCUCGCAGCCAUGCCGAUGAUCGUGGCUCUUCCAGGCCCGAAUUCAAGCGCAAACAUGCCUCGCACGAUGGCGGUCGCAGCCCAAAGCAUCGCCGCACGGACGACGGGCGCCGCCCGAACGAGCGUCACCGAGACACUCCGCGCCACCGCGACGAUUACCGUCGGGACGAUCACCAUCGCGAUGACAACCGUCGCGACGAUCGCCGUCGAGAUGAUCGCUCAGGCCCCCGAGAACAAGAGCACCACGAGGCCCGGCCGCAGGACGAACGCAGAGCUAGCGCCCUUCGACGGCUUGACGAACUCCGCCGUAUCGGCGACAACAAGGACCAGAGGGACAAGGACAACGAUGCCAUGAUCUGGUUCCUGCUGAAGCCGGUCCGGGCAAACUUCGAGAGGAUCCUAUCGACGACCAAGGAAAACGUCAAGUCGAGCAAGGAACGGGCGAACAUAUUUGGCGAAGAGCUUGUUGCGAUUGGCCGCUUUCUCGACGAUAAGUUUUCACACCCUGCAGGAGAUGAUGACCUGAAGAACAAUUUCUGGGACUUCUUGGCGGCGCUCUGGCCGGUUGAUGAUACCAGCAAGAGCGUCACGGGCCAGCGACUGGGCAACAUGUAUCGCACGCUGCGUGCUCGCAACAGCAAACAGGAAGCCAACUCGGGUUCUGCGCGGACCAACGGCGCCGGGACAAGCCGCUGA